AUGGAGCAGCGUGCACAGCGUGCACGGAAUGCUAUGCUGUCAAGUAGCAGCGGGUCAGAAACUGCAUCCUUAGCUCCAGAAUUCGCAACAUCUACAUGGAAUCGUGCGACAUGGAAUGGAUCGGGGCCUGCUUCGACGCGUUCGUCGCGCUGGCCAUCGACAGAAACGCCAGGACCAGAGCCAGAAGCAGGACCAUCGCCGUCAGCAUCCGCAUCACCAGUGCCGAAGCCAUCUGAGCGAGUGGCAGAAGAGAUGCUUGCACGAACACCACAAAACAUGGGGACAAAUGGAGCACCUGAAGCUGAAAGGCAUGUACUGACUGUCGGUCCAGUAGGCACACACGGAGCACGAGACAACGUGUCUUUGUCGCAAGACACCGCGGAUUCAUCGACGUCUCUGGGAGCUCGCGCAGGUGCCACAUUUGAGUCUAAUGCAGAAGAAGCGAAUACCAUGCUACAGACACAAGGGAAGCAAGGACCAGGCGUAGAUAGCGCCUCUACAGAGUUGGCUAUGUCGCCGUCGUCGUCGUCCAGCACGAAGCGACCAGGACCCCCUGCUGAGCAAGACGAGAUGGAGUCAACCAGCGCAGUGAAGCGCUUUCGAUCCGAUUUGUCUAGUGCAGAGCACGAGCAGCCAACAUCAGCGGGGAGUGCCCCGGCGUCAGUUGUCGAUGAAGCGAUUCCUCAUUUGCAUCCUCAGUUCCGUCACGAGACACCGAUUGUGCUGGACGCAUCGUUGCCUUUCGUACUCACGAAUCCACACGCGACGCAAGAAACAGCAGAAGCCGCCGCGGCAGCGGCAGCAGCAGCAGCAGCAGCGGCUGCCGCCUCUGCCACACCAACAGGUAUACCCAUGGCCACUGGCACACUGCCGACACAUGCUGCCUCGACGCGCAGGAUGAAGCCCAAGCAGGAAAAGGCACGCGCUGCGUUUGUCGCAGCGCAUGCAGGCCAGUCGUACGAGCAAAUGGUGCUUGAGCAUGCAUACUCGAGUGAUCGUCUCUUUUGGCUCAAGGAAGCGUACAAUCUGACAUGGCGCACAGGCCGCUGGAGCCAGGACGAAGAGGACCGCGCUACAGCUGCCCUCGACAAGUUUUGCAAGGUAUGUACCUAUGGUGCGCGAUCUGUGCGUGCACAGUGA